AUGUCUCACAAUGGGACCCCAAAAGCUGAACCAGCAAGCAAUGUCUAUAAUGAGAGCUGUGGAAAUGAAGACAUGUCAGUCACUUCCUCAGUCAUAACGAUGACAGUGGGCAUCCUCUCCAACACGCUGGCUCUCUUCAUCGUUUUAAAAGCCUACCGUCGUUUCCGCCUUAAGUCCAAAGCUUCCUUCCUGUUCUUUGCCAGUGGUCUGGUGUUGACUGACUUUCUGGGUCAUGUUAUUAAUGGCACCAUGGCUUUGUACGUGUAUGCCUCGGGCAAACACUGGAAGAACUUUGACCCCAAGCAGGUGUUUUGUGAGUUCUUCGGGGUUUGCAUGGCUUUCUUCGGUCUGAGUCCCCUGCUGCUCGGAAGCGUCAUGGCCGUGGAGCGCUGCUUUGGAGUGACUCGGCCUCUCUUUCACUCCAUGGCUUUGACCGCCAACCGUAUAAGCAAGCUGCUGGUGCUCACCUGGCUCCUGGCCCUGCUGGUGGCCCUGCUGCCAUUGCUAGUGCAGCGGCCCUAUCAGGUUCAGGGGUCCAGAAGCUGGUGCUUCUUCCACAUGGUGGGGACACGCGAUUGGUUGGACAUUCUUCUCCCCAUGGUCUUCUCUCUGUUGGGACUUCUGGCUCUUCUUGUCUCAGUUGUGUGCAACUCUGUGACUGGAUUCACCGUGCUGUGGUCCAGACUGCGCAGAGAACAAAACCACCACCGCCAUCACAGAAGCUCCAUCCACACUGAGAUGGUCUGCCAGCUUCUUGCAAUCAUGAUUGUAUCGUUGAUGUGCUGGGGACCUUUGCUGUUUAAAAUCAUUAUUCUAACACUCCAAGAGCAAGGAAAAGACGAAUACAGGCAGCUGCUUCUGACUGUUCGUCUGGCUACAUGGAACCAGAUUCUUGACCCAUGGGUGUACAUUCUCCUGCGCAAGGCUGUCCUGAAGAGGCUCUUCCUGCUGACACAAGGGUGUCGUAGCCCACGUCCAAAGCACAUAUUUGGGUGGAGGUGUAGUGCUCUGAUGAGUUCUAUGGAGACCAGCACCUCCGUGAACAGCAGACCAGAAUUCAUCCACUUGAAAGAUCUAUCACUGGCAGGCACCGCCAUGAAACCCAUUGGGCAAAUCCUCUAAGCAUUAGGAGAAGGGUUUAGGCCUGGAUAUGGUCUGAAUAUAGGAGUAAAGGAUAUAAAAUGGGAAGUGAAGACAGAAUGUACUCUUGUAGACACAGAUCCUGUGAAAAGUGCAAACAGUACAGAUUAGAGGAACAAAUUGGAAAUGUUGAAAUGUAAUGAAACUUUAUAUGUGUGAAUGUAAUGAUGAUAUAUGUAAGUAACUAAAAUAUUAUAGUGAUGAUAAGAUCAUUGGGUAAAACUCUACUCUGUACAAUUCUACAGAAUUCUGGAGGCUCUAAUGCCAUGUUGGAGUGUUUUAGCCUGGAUACAAGAUGCAAUAUGGUUAGGUAUGGAGGCACACAGGUUCUGUAUGGAAUUAUUCGGCACAUUUAAAUACAGAUGUUGUAACUGGCCUUUAGCUUAUGCAAAGUUAUAGCCUUAUGGUCCAGCAAGAUUGAAGGCCAAUGAAGUGUGCUAAUCUGGUGGAGACAUUCCUGAAAAACUGUUGUUGUUUCCUGCAAACAUUACAUUAUAUUACAUUAAAGGUUUCCUUCCGUCUCCCUUGUCUGCAGUAGCUAGUAAAAGAAAUCCUCAGAAAUACAAGUUGAUCAGAGAAAUAUUAGGUGUGUACAUCAACCAGUGAGUUCAUGGCCUUGCACACAGUGGGUCCUGAUCUGAGGUGGAGCUUGCAGCUUCUGUUUACAGAGCUAGUUAGUGUUAGCUAUCUUGUGUAAGUAACUGUAGGUUUAAAUUGUAUCUCCGGUAGAUUAUGUGUUUUAAGGUGACCUUACAUAUACACUAGGGAAGCACAGUUUGACAAUGUAGCACAACAUGACAGAACACCGGUCAAAGCGGGUGACGUUCGUGUCAGAUUUUAUGAUGUAGGGCGGACUCUGAGGUCUCGACGUGGUGAAACUGCUCAAGCACCGAAUCACCAAGGCUGAGGUGAGAGAUUAGCAGCGUUAGUUUAGAUGAAAGAAACAUUUUAAAAUGAAUAAAAAAACAAUGGAAUGAGACCUUUAAAGUAAUGUAAUGUAAUGUUUAUGGGUGAGCAUUAUCUUGCUGAAAAAUGCCAAUUGGAAGCCCUGCAAUGAGAGGCAAAAACUGCAUGCCUUUGUUCUGCUGCAGUCUGGGGUCUUCUCAUAUUUCUUCUUGUGAAAACUUACAUUUAAUCCAUGUAAAUCCUGGGAAAGCUCAUGAAGAGAUUUUGAGAGUAUUGUGUGUCAUAAAGACAGUUUGAGGCUUCUGUAAGGUAUCCAAACAUUGACUAGAGCCAUUUUUUUAAAGCUUGACAGCGUUAUUUUAGUGUCGUCUGUUGGGUGUUCUGUGCUAUUUCACACCUGAGAUGUUAAGUCCCAGCAAGACGUGAGCUGCAUGUUCAGUGACGCGGUACAUCACAUUAAGUAAAGAAUCGAGAAAUGUAUAAAUAAACAGGGUUAGGCCUCAACUGUCCUUCCAUAUAAACAAGAGAGUGAGAGAGAGAAAGCAAAUCCCAUAGGGACAGGGGCGCUGAACCCAUCUGAUUUAUGAUAAUUCCUCUGUCACAUACUUUUACUUUGCUUACAAGAGGCAAGCUAUUUCAACUUUUAAUCCAGCAGUUCACUUUACACUACAUUCACUCAUCUGCUUCUUCCUAGUAGGUCCAGAGCCUAUUCCGAAUCACUCUGGCACAAGGCAGA